GCCUUAGGUUAGGUACCUAUGUACCUCUACGCUAUCACUCGAAAGAAUACCGUUUCUAACCAUGUAAAAAAGUAAUAGUAGUUGUUGUUAUUGUUAUUGUUGUUUUUUUAAGAAAAGGAAAGAAAAGAAAAGAAAUUACUACUACCGCCUCACUACACGCAUGAUGAUAACGCAGCUUGCACACCUUUGCAGCUUUGACCGAUUAUACGAGCAUUUAAGACGAGCAUGAAGGGCCUUAAGCAGAGUGUUAAGCGCAGACGUGCUGCUACGAACCCGAUUGAGAGAGCUAACAGGAAGGAUGACGAGAGUUUCGUUAAGGAACAUCUGUGUCCCACCUCGUCUGCAUGGACCGAGUGGGUAAACCCCAAAACGCAAGACAAGUUCUCGCUCAGCCUUACGAGUUCGGGUAAUUUGGAUGAUGAGGAUUUCGACGCAUGCUUCAAACUAGUAGAAGAGACUAGCCGGCCUGAUUAUGAAUCCUCAUCAGUCGGAUGGAAGCCGAGUAAAAAGAUUGCCGAAAUGAAGUCUCCCGAGUUGAGGUACAUCUUGGUGAAGGAUGUUGUAGGAAGCAUCCGUGGCUUCACUUCUUUAAUGCCGACGUAUGAAGAAGGGGAGCCAGUAGUAUACUGCUACGAGAUUCAUCUUAAACCGGAACUACAAGGGACUGGUCUAGGCAGUACUCUUAUGGAAUUCCUCGAGAGCGUUGCAGUAAACACGCCUCCUAUCGAGAAAGUGAUGCUUACUUGCUUUUUGAGUAAUCUAAAAGCCUCUGCCUUCUAUAAGAAGUUGGGCUUCGAGAAAGACGAAAUAUCACCAGAACCUCGGAAGUUAAGGUUUGGCAAAGAAUUUAUUCCAGACUACGUUAUCAUGAGUAAAGUGGUAAAGAAACAAGAGCCCAGCAAGAUAUAGGUAAAAGAGAAAUCUUACUAGCCUAGAGCUAUACCGUUAAGAAUCACCCAGGCUAACCUAAUACUUAAGUUCCCAGUCACCUUAUGAUACCAGAGAUCAUUGGAGAGUAUUAAAUAUACUCGCAGGCUCUUGAACGCUUAAAGAAUUCACUCAUACCUACAACUAAUGAUAGACAGAAAAUGGAGCAAC